CUCCUCCCCUCCUCUGCCCCCUCCCCAGCCCGACCUGGUCCGCAGCCGCUUGGGUGACCCCCAUCCCGCCCCCUCCCCGGCCGCCGCCGCCUCGGCCGACCAGGGACCUGCCCGCCCGCGGCUGCUCCGGAAUCAUAAAACUUAACCAGGCUUUAGAAAAACAUCUUUGAAGUAUGCCAUCAUGCUUCAGAAUACCUAAAGGAUCAAGACAUAAUGGGAGCAUUUUUAGACAAGCCAAAGAUGGAAAAACAUAAUGCCCAGGGGCAGGGUAAUGGGUUGCGAUAUGGGCUAAGCAGCAUGCAAGGCUGGCGAGUUGAAAUGGAAGAUGCACAUACAGCUGUGAUUGGUUUGCCAAGCGGACUUGAAACAUGGUCAUUCUUUGCUGUGUAUGAUGGGCAUGCUGGUUCUCAGGUUGCCAAAUACUGCUGUGAGCAUUUGUUAGAUCACAUCACCAAUAACCAGGAUUUUAAAGGGUCUGCGGGAGCACCUUCUGUUGAAAAUGUAAAGAAUGGAAUCAGAACAGGUUUUCUGGAGAUUGAUGAACACAUGAGAGUUAUGUCAGAGAAGAAACAUGGUGCAGAUAGAAGUGGGUCAACAGCUGUGGGUGUAUUAAUUUCUCCUCACCAUACUUACUUCAUUAACUGUGGAGACUCGAGAGGUUUACUUUGUAGGAACAGAAAAGUUUAUUUCUUCACACAAGAUCACAAACCAAAUAAUCCCCUGGAAAAAGAACGGAUUCAGAAUGCAGGUGGCUCUGUAAUGAUUCAGCGUGUGAAUGGCUCUCUGGCUGUAUCGAGGGCACUUGGGGACUUUGAUUACAAAUGUGUCCAUGGAAAAGGUCCUACAGAGCAGCUUGUCUCACCCGAGCCUGAAGUCCAUGAUAUUGAAAGAUCUGAAGAAGAUGAUCAGUUCAUUAUCCUUGCAUGUGAUGGUAUUUGGGAUGUUAUGGGAAAUGAAGAGCUCUGUGAUUUUGUAAGAUCCAGACUUGAAGUCACUGAUGACCUUGAGAAAGUUUGCAAUGAAGUAGUCGACACGUGUUUGUAUAAGGGAAGUCGAGACAACAUGAGUGUGAUAUUGAUCUGUUUCCCAAAUGCACCCAAAGUAUUGCCAGAAGCAGUGAAGAAGGAGGCAGAGUUGGACAAGUACCUGGAAAGCAGAGUAGAAGAAAUCAUAAAGAAGCAGGGGGAAGGCGUCCCUGACUUAGUCCAUGUGAUGCGCACAUUAGCAAGUGAGAACAUCCCCAGCCUCCCACCAGGAGGUGAAUUGGCAAGCAAGCGGAAUAUAAUUGAAGCCGUUUACAAUAGACUGAAUCCUUACAAAAAUGAUGACACUAGUUGUUCACUGCACCCAUUCUUUUACACACACCCCUGAUUGAUUGCUCUGAAUUCUGCCUGCACCACAGUUCUAGUGAUUGAGGACAUAAUCAUGGACUCUACAUCGACUGAUGAUAUGUGGUAAAACUGCUCAUCUAGCCAUGGAGUUUAUCUUCACCUUCAAAGGAGAGUACAGCUCAACUUCAUUGAACCUUUUAACAUUCAUCCUCAUCUUUAAAGAAGGGCAUAUGACAUGGGUGAGAGUGAUUACACCAGAGAACUUCAGCAGUACAACAGCUAGCCCAGAACUGAUUUUUUUUUUUUUUUUGUAAAUUUGAGACUUAUGUAAACGUGAUUUUAAACCAUAAUUCAUGUUGUAAAUCAGACUCCAGCAAUUUUUGUUGUAUGAUUUUGUUUUUUGUAAAGUGUAACUGUCCUUGUACAAAAUGCUCAUAUUUAAUUAUGAACUGCUUUAAAUCAUUAUCAAAGUUAUAAGAAAUGUUUGGCUUGUUGUGUGACGCAACAGAUAUAUAGAUCUUUCAAGUCAUGUUGUGUUUGGACUUGGGGUUGGGACAGAGAGAGCAGCAGCCAUGUCAGCUAGACGCUCAACUGUGCACAUGAUUAUGGAGAAAAAUUCCAAAAUCUUAAAAAGCCGAGCAUCCAGGGAGUUAAUUGGAAACUAUCUUAAUGUUCUUGGCAGUGGGAUUGGCAUUGUUGAUAAAGCUGGUCCCUUCACUUAAUUGUCUUUAAGUUGUUCUCUACUUGUUGCCAUGAGUAUUGCAGGUUAUGCAGUAUAUUCAUAAGAAUAUCAGUCUUGGGGCUAAAAUGCCUUGAUUCUUUGCACCUCUUUUACAAGUCCUUACAUUUAAUUAUUAAUUGAUAAGCAGCAGCUUCCUACAGAUAGUAGGAGAGACUGCCACAUUUUGCUAUCAUGAUUGGCUGGGCCUGCUGCUGUUCCUAGUAAGAUAUUCUGAAUUCCAUUUUAUCAAUAAAGCUUGAUUUAACGAACAAGAAAUUUAAUCAUGUAUGUGUAAUUCCUCCUUUACCUUGCCCUUUUAAAACACCAUGCCAUUGUAAAUGAGAAGUUUCUAUGGGAAAAGAUGUUAGUCUCUUUUAAUUGGAACAUCCUGUUACUCAAGGCAUAGAGGGAACUGUUUCUUUUCCAUUAGCAAGACUAAAAGAUUUAAGUCUCUGUUGUUCCUUAAUCUGUUUUUUAAAUGGGUUUCUUUCUGGCUGCUUAUUUUUCAUUAAGAUAUGUAUCAGCUCGAAUUUGCCUACUGUUUAAUUAAAAUAAUUGUCAGAGCUUGACAAUCUAACAUUCUGUGGUAGGUGUGUGUGUUUGUGAGUGUGUUUGCCUGUGAUUUUCAAUUGGCCCAUGUCUUUAGAAUCCAAGUAGUUAAGAUGUAUUUGUGAUUUGAAAUAUAGCAUGUUGAUAAUAUUGAGCUGUUGGCCUUUAAAAAUAACUCAAAGUUUAAAGAACUGUAGAUAUAAAAAUAACUAAUUUAAUUUAGGCUUAAAUUCCUCUGAUUAAGCAUGUGAAAGUAAGUUUUAAAAUCUGUCACAUUGAAAAGACUACUGUUCUGUGCCCUUCUGUAUUUUUUGUCUCUUUAGGUUGAAUAUUGUAUUUAUACCAUGUAAUUUAAUCAUUCAGUAGGCAGAUUCCCCACUAGAAAAAUAUUAAAAUACAUUUGAAUACAAGAUCAAAACUUUGUGUAUAAAAGGUAAUAUAACUAGUUUCCUUUUGUUUUUACAUAAUUUGAAAAUAUACAUAUUUGUAUAUAUAGCCUUAAAACUAAUCUAAAGGUAGGGGAAUAGUGGGAAAAGUGAUGUGAAAUGUCUCAGAUUUAAGUAGUUACAUACCAACAAAAUCUUUUCAUUAUCCCUCUUAUUCAUGAGGUGAUUAAAUGUAACUUAACUGUAUUUAAUUUAUAUUUUAAUCUAGCAUGAAUUAAGAAAAACAAGUACUAUUUAUAUUUAGAAAUUCAUAACAGUUGGAAUUACAGAACCAAUUCCAUACUUAACUUACAAAUAAAUGCUUCAUGUCUAAAAUCUGUGGUAAAGUGCGAAGUAUGAUAAUGUUUUAAGUUAUGGCUUUGCAAGCAUCUAAAUGUGCAUUUUAUGAAUAGCAGUGCUUGUAGUAUAGAUUGAUUACCAGACAUACUGGUACUGAAAACUAAAUUCCUAUUGCAAGAAGCCAGGUCCUUAAUUUUUUUAAGUAGACUCAGUUUUUAGUUCUGGAAACUUCAAUUAGUUUUUGAAAUGAAAAAUCUUAAAUCACAAGUAAGAUAUAUGAUAGAAAGCUAUAUUUUAAACCAUAGCAGCAUAUGUAGAGCCUUUUUAAAUUUAAGGAUCUUUAAAUAAAAAAAAUCAAAAUGUUCCUCUGUUAAAGUUAUUAGUACUGAAAUUAGGCUUGGAAGUGAGAGAAAACUGUAUGAAGUGUGAUCUGAGAAAACUAAAUCUUUUCUACAUGAGUCAGCAUUGCCAUAUUAGGUACAGUUUUUCAUUAUUAAAAUACAGGAAGAAAAUAUACAUUGUAACAGCAAACUGUGUUCUUCAUUCCUGGGGGUAAUGGUGGUUGUAGGGAACCAACCACACUUUUAAAAGGCACUUUUGCACCUCUGUUGUGCACUUCAUUUUUGUACCACUUAAAUCCUUGACCUCCCGCCCCCUUUUGUGUGCUAAUUAAUUAGCAUCUCAGGGCAAUGCCUCAAAAUUUGUUUGAUGUGUUGUAUGUUAUUUUCUUUGGAGGGAAAAAGUUCAUGUGUGAUGAUAAUAUACUAUUCAACAUGUGCUUUCGCUUAAAUGUUUUAAUAGGAUGAACCCACUUUGCUGCUUUUAGUGGGAGAUUCAUUUUGUAUAGCAGACUCUUGUUACCCUAAAGAAAUUAAAGAAUUUCACUGAUCUUUUAUUGUUUUAGCUAGGUAAACUCUUAAUUUCUACUUUCUUAGGGAAUAUACUUUUACAGAUAACAAAAGCAGGUCUUAAUAUUAGUGUUAACUUUUGAAAAUCCUAGAGGUAUUUUUCUUACUCAGCUUUAGAACUAUUUGAAACAUAUUUUUAAUUGUAAAGCAUUAACUUGCUUUUAGAGUACUAUGCAAUGAGUGUACUGCUUCCGCCGCUAAUUCUUUUUAAAAAACUAAGUAACCAAUUUGGGUCAAAGAAUAAAUCAAGUAUGUAAUUCAGAUGCUCUGAAUUGUAGCAGUACUUUUAGUGAUCAUCUAUUGACCAAUUAAUAACUCAGCUUUUCCACAAAAUGUUUUGAGUAGUUAUCUGCAAAAUACUGUGCUAGACAAAACAUCUUGUACUAUAAAGAAAUGAAUAAAUAGGUCCUUGCCCUCAAGGAGUUUACAUUUGAGUAGAAUUUAUAACCUAAUAUAUGUUAGUAAAACUGGGUCACUCAUCCAAAAAAAUAGUUAAUGUCCACCCACUGUCUGCCAGAUAAUUUCCUGAACACACAGGUUUCUACCCUAAGCAGCUGAUUUGUACUUCCUUUAUUCACUUAAAAAUCUGUUUAUUUUCUCCACAAAGUUAAAAAUCUCAUUCAAAAGAAAAUUUUGCUCAGCAUAGGAAUAAGGUUGGACGAUGAAGCUCAAGUCUAUUCAGUUUGCUUAACUGCCUUGAACAGAUAGCCUUUAUUCCCCUGCUGGGAGCAGCAAGUCAGAGGAGGGUAAUGGAUUUCACAGCACUCUGCAAUCCUGGAGAUUUUGGUGGAUUUUGAAAUUUUAGCUAAAAUAUAUAUAUUUAGCUAAAUUUAUCUUAUUUAAGUAAAACAGUGUUCUUUACUUGAAAACAUACUGCCAGUGCUAAUAUCUAAUUUUAGCUAAAUGAUUACUAUGUGUUUUAAUUUUUAAAAAUAACUUCACUGCCUAUUUUUAUUGGACAAAUUCAUAUGGGAAUUCAGUUUGUGAUUUCUGAAAGAAAUGAUUAAAUUGGUUAAGGGUUUUCUCUUUUGUUUUAAUUUUGAAUUUCAUAAUGCAUAUGCUUUUAAUUCAUAAAGUUUGAGUGAAAGGUUUAAGCCUUUUAAUGUUUUAGUUGCUAUUUGUACAGUUUUAUGUUAGGAUUUGAUAUUAGAAAAUACUCUGUAAAUAUUUCAGGAUAUAAAUGUCACUCAUUUGAGGUUUAAGGAACUUUAAAGAGUUUCAUGUACUUUUGCUUGCAGAUCCUGCUGGUGAGGUGACCAUUUUUUAAUUGAGUCAUCUAGUCUUUUCAUUAGUAAGGGUUUUCUUGUGGGUUUGUUUGUUUUUAGGAUUUAGGAAGACUUCUUUAUAGCUUAAAAUUUUAGAAGCCUAAUUUUACUUUAUUUCUUUCAAUAAUGUGUCAUGAGUUUUGGAUUGUAUUUGUUUUAAAUUAAACAUUACUUCAGAAUAUGCUUGAAAUAUUUAAGAAUACAUUUUCUAAAUGUUAUGAUUAUAAUACUUGUUUGUUAAUGUGUCAGUUAAGUGUUAUUACUGAUAGAAUGCUCUAUGCAGAAAUGAUGAGAAGCAUUAGCCUCCACUUCAUUGUCAAAUGAACAUUUCUACUUUUAUUCACCUCAACACAGAUUAUUUCUCUUUUACCUGCUUUAUAUAUUAAACUCGUGGCUUCUGAUCUCAUCUUUUUCUAAUUAUAUUACCAGCAGUUAGGAGUGUGCCAAUUAGAAAAAUUCAACUGUAUUGAAGUUGUAGUUGGAAACUUAUACUUUUAAUUAAUGGGGCGGGGGGAGUGUUUAAAUUGAUAUAAUAACGAAGAGACCCCACUUAUUCUGUAUCAAAUGUUGCUUCAUUUCCUGUACUAGUCUCUUGGUGUUUUCUCUCUUUUUUCAGAUGGAAACUGGCCAAUUCCUUUUUUUAAGCAAGAAAACUUAAUGUAUUACCUCACCAAAGCCAACAAAUAGUAUAUAAAACGGCCAAAAUUAAGAAAACUUGGGAGGUGGAGGAGUGGGGAUAUGCCAGUGAGGAUAAAGAGGAGAAUUAGUUAUUUUUAAAGUCAUAGGAAGGUCUUUCUUGGACCCAGCUAUAUAUUAAAAACUGUUGCAUACGUAAACCUGCAAGAACCAACUUUGCUUCUUCAGGUAAUAUGAUUUUUCCACCAAGGGAAAUAAUGAUAAAAAAAAAAAAAACUACUGCUCCUUCAACAUAGAAACUACUGAGAAAAAUGAAUUCAAUGUUUCUUCACCACAAAACCCAACCUUCAGUUCUUUUCAUUGCUCCAAACCCAGUAUUUUACUAAUAGCUUUGUCAUUGAACUAAAUGUUUAGAAAAAUUUAGUUUUUCCUUUCUUUUUACAUAGUUCUCUUGACCCAGUAAAAGACAUUUACUAACGUUUGCAUUUGUAUGAUACUAUCUGAAGUUAGAUUUUGUAGGAGAUUGGGUAAUGAUUAGGUUUAGGUAUAAGCAUAAAUUCACUAUAGCAAUUGUUCUUAAUCUUUUAGAGUUAUAGGCCCUUUGAGACUGGUGAAUCCUAAGGACUUCCUUAUAUAACUCCACAAAGUAUACAAUAUUGCAUGGUUUAGGGACCCCUGCUUAAGAUCCCAUAUAAUAGCACAAUAGGGCAUCAGCUUUUUUUCCUACAAAGCCAUAAGAAAUACUUCAAGGGCAUCAAACUAAUUUGACUCUUAAGGAAUUGUUCCACUUUUUGAAAAAUAGAGGAGGUAGAAGUGGGCCUACCCUGGAAUCUGACAUUAAAGUAUGCUUUUUAAAGGUUGUGUUUUGAGGAAAUGGAGAGUAAUUAAAGGUGAAAAACUAGUAUGAGGAUAGAGGAUAACAUUAUUCUCUGAUUUUGCCACUUUCGAAAGUCAACAGGAAAGAGUUAAAACAGAAAUUGAGUAUUUCUGGAAUGUUUCUGACCUUCAUGGUGCAGAUGUAAUAUAUUAACAACCAACGUAUUUAAGUCAGAUCUCACUCAGAUUUUGAGCUUCCUGGUGUUAGAGUUCAUUAAAUGUUUAAUUCACUUCAGAUUCCAAAGAAUUAGAUAUUUACUUACUGAUACAGAAUGUUAACAUGCAGCCACCAAUAUACAGGAUUAAUGAGAUUUCUACUAAAAUAUAACUAUCAUGAAAAAAUUCAUUAGCUUGUUGCAUUUGUUGCCAAAAUUGGAUGUUUAGUUAUAGCUUAUUUACUUCCCAUUUAUGGGACUUUUUAAACAAAAACCACUCAUUGUCUAUGCUGUUGACUAACUUAGGAAAAUAACUUGUUUGUGGUAGUAUGUCCUUUUCUGCUUAGUUUCACUCUUGAAAUGAUUUCUCCUAAUUUGUAUAAAUGUUAUGAGUGGAGAGACCAUAUACAUAUUAGAAGCAUGUUGUAUAAUAUAUAGAUUUUUUAAAUCUGUAAGUGUAAAAAAACUAAUACAACUGCAGAAAUAUUUUUCCUGAAUACAGUGUAUAACAAAAUUCUCUACAGUAACUUACCCACUCUUUACAGUUUUUGUGAUCCAAACUUUUGAAGAAAUUUCAUAAAUGUAUAUUUUGUAUUAUGUACCAAUUCCUGUUCCAAGGAAAAGAAGUGAAUUCAGUUCUAACUUUAAGAAUGUACUUUUUGUUUACAAGUCCGUUGGAGAAAUUUCAUUCAGCCUUUGAAUGGUUGCAAAUUAUAUGUGAGAUGAAAAGUAGAAAUCUCUAGUUUGCAAAACUGGUGCCACUAAGUAAACAGGCAGUUGCAUAAUGUGUGAGUAUUUAUGAUUGAUAUUAAAAGCAGCAUUUUUGUUCUGGCUAGAAAAGAAACCUGGACUUUUUAAAACAUAUAUAUUUUUAUUGAUUUCAGAGAGGAAGGUAGAGGGAGAGAGAGAGACAGAAAUAUCAAUGAUGAGAAAGAAUCACUGAUUGGCUGCUUCCUGCAUGUCCCCCACUGAAGACCGAGCCUGCAACCCGGGCAUGUGCCCUUGACCAGAAUCAAACCUGGGACCCUUUAGUCUGCAGGCCAACACUCUAUCCACAGCCAAACUGGCUAGGGCUGGACAUUUUUAAUUAGUUAUUAGGAGACCUUAAGAAAUUUUUUAAAAAUUGAAAUUGGUUAAUUUGCUAUAAAACAAUGGAUCUGAUAGUAACUGUUUGAACUAUACCUAUUUCUUCUUGAUUUAAGGAAGAAUACUGAAAGCCAGUAAGUUUGGAUUGAUGGUUAUUUUCAGUGAACACAUUCCAGAAAUAAAGAAGCCAAAGUUACUUCCUUUGGCAAGAUCA